UGGAGCGACCCUAGCGCCGCCCGCGGCCUGAGCCGGUCCCGAGCCGCUGGCCGGCCCGCGCCGUGUCCGUGGGCGCCGUGUCCGUGGGCGCCGCGCCCGGCCGGGCCCAUGUGCGUGCGGAUAGCCCCAGGUCGCCCGGGCUUCGCCUCCGCCAGCGCCCUGGCCUCCACCCGGGCCUCCGAGGAGCCGCCGCGACGCCCGGCCCGCGGGGCAGGUGAAGAGAUUAUAAAUCUUCUACUGAAUGAAAAAAUCUUCCUUAAGGUUACAUAUAGUUCAAGAAAAAAACCCCAAAUGUUUUAUAUUUUGUUUGAAUAUAAAAUUAAGCAAGAAGUUUCCAUAAAAGCUUCGUGGCCGUCACCAUGUUCUGGAAGUUUGACUUGAACACCACGUCCCACGUCGACAAACUGUUGGAUAGGGAGGAUGUGACGCUGCGAGAGUUAAUGGAUGAAGAUGAUAUCCUGCAGGAGUGCAAGGCUCAGAACCAGAAGCUGCUGGGCUUCCUCUGCAGGCAGCGGUGUAUGGAGGAGCUAGUGAGCCUCAUUACACAGGACCCGCCCCUGGACAUGGAGGAGAAGGUCCGCUUCAAGUAUCCAAACACAGCCUGUGAGCUGCUGACUUGUGAUGUGCCACAGAUCAAUGACAGACUAGGAGGGGAUGAGACUCUGCUGAACCUUCUUUACGAUUUCUUGGACCACGAGCCGCCUCUCAACCCUCUGCUCGCCAGUUUUUUCAGCAAGACCAUUGGUAAUCUCAUUGCAAGAAAAACUGAACAGGUGAUUCUGUUCUUGAAGAAGAAGGACGGGUUCAUCGGCCUGGUGUUGAAGCACAUUGGCACCUCGGCCCUCAUGGACCUGCUGCUGCGCCUCGUCAGCUGCGUGGAGCCGGCUGGGCUCCGGAUGGACGUCCUGCAUUGGCUUAAUGAAGAGAAGAUCAUCCAAAGACUCGUGGAAUUGAUCCAUCCAAGUCAGGAUGAAGAUAGACAGUCCAACGCCUCUCAGACCCUCUGUGACAUCAUCAGGCUGGGCAGAGAGCAGGGCAGUCAGCUGCAGGAGGCUCCGGAGCCCGACCCCCUCCUCACAGUGCUGGAGUCGCAGGAGUGCGUGGAGCAGCUUCUGAAGAACAUGUUUGACGGAGACCAGACUGAGAGCUGCCUCGUUAGUGGGACUCAGGUGUUACUUACCUUGUUGGAGACAAGGCGGGCUGGGACAGAGGGCUUGGUGGACUCCUUUUCUCAGGGACGGGAAGGGCUGUGUACCGUCAGCAGCGGCGUACUGCACGGCAUUGAGCCACGGCUGAAGGACUUCCACCAGCUUCUGCUCAGCCCGCCGAAGAAAACAGCAAUCCUGACUACCAUUGGCGUGCUGGAGGAGCCCCUGGGGAACGCCCGUCUGCACAGUGCCCGCCUCACGGCCGCACUGCUACACACAAACACACCUAGCAUCAACCAGGAGCUCUGCCGGCUCAACACCAUGGGUUUACUGCUGGACCUGUUCUUCAAGUUCACUUGGAACAACUUCCUGCACGUCCAAGUGGAGCUGUGCAUAGCCGCCAUCCUGUCCCACGCUGCUGGGGAGGGCGGGGCGGAAGCCAGCGGACCGGACAGGGGCCCGGACACCCCCCAGCCUGCCGCCAGCCGCCCGGAGAACACAAUGGUGACCCAUCUGUUCCAGAAGUGCUGCCUGGUCCAGAGGAUCCUGGAGGCCUGGGAAGCCAAUGAUCACGCACAGGCGGCAGGCGGCAUGAGGCGCGGCAACAUGGGCCACCUUACCCGGAUCGCCAAUGCGGUGGCACAGAACCUGGAGAAGGGCCCCAUGCAGACCCACAUCAGCGACGUCAUCCGAGGGCUCCCUGCGGACUGCCGAGGGCGCUGGGAGAACUUUGUGGAGGAGACCCUGGCGGAGACCAACCGCAGGAACGCUGUGGACCUGGUAAGCACCCACCACCUUCACCCCUCGAGUGAGGAUGAGGACAUGGAGGGCGUUUUCCCUAAUGAGCUGUCCCUGCAGCAGGCUUUCUCUGAGUACCAGGUCCAGCAGAUGACGGCCACCUUCGUGGAUCAGUUUGGCUUCAACGACGAGGAGUUUGCUGACCAGGAUGACAGUGUCAAUGCUCCCUUUGACAGGAUCGCAGAGAUCAACUUCAGCAUUGAUGCUGACGAGGACAGCCCCAGCGCAGCUCUGUUUGAGGCCUGCUGCAGUGACCACAUCCAGCCCUUUGACGAUGACGAGGAGGAUGACAUCUGGGAGGACCAGGAGACGCACUGCACUGCCCGGGUGACGGCCAGAGCCAGGUUUGGGGGUCCUCACACCUCAGAUAGCUGUUCCAAGAACGGCCUGGAGCGUGGAGGCCGGGACAGGAAGGAGGGUUUGGAGGCAGACAAGGAUGCCGCUCGGGCAGGUGCCCCUCUGGCUUCUACCCAGAAGGAAGGUCCUCGCUUGGAGGGUGGCUCAGAAGCAGGCACCUCGUGGACGGUGUUUGACGAGCCGGUGAACUCACCGGCACCGGCCCCGGGAGUGGCGGUGGACGUGGGUUCCAACGUGUGGGCCGCCAGCACCCCCAGCCCCUCGGCUUUGGAAGAAAAAGGCUGGGCCAAGUUCACCGACUUCCAGCCUUUCUGCUGCUCCGAGUCGGGGCCUAGGUGCAGCUCCCCAGUGGACAUGGGCCACGGCGAUGCCCAGGCUGGCCCGAAGCAGGGCCCCGAGAGAGCCCGCCCGGCCUCCCCAUGUGCCUGGAGCGCCUGUGUCACCAGGAAGGCCCCCUUGGUGGUUUCCGACCACGGUGAGGGCGAGCAGAAGAUGGCUGGUGCCUUGGAAGCUGUCAGUCUGGGUCGCAGCCGGGAGGCUCCCCUGCUGCCCGCGUCAGUCCCCAGGACGGACACACUGUCAGACCCCACCUCCCCCACGCCUGCAGAAGCAACCUUUGCCCCGGCUGUGGCUGUCCCCCCCGAGGCUGCCGUGGCUGCCACCCCAGCACCGAGCAAGGCCAGCCCCGCCCCAGCCACCAUGGCAGGCCCCCCGGGGCCCGUGGCGGCCAUCAGCUCUGCGGCCCCAGCCACAUGCACAGUAGCCAUCCUGGGCACCGUGAUGAAAGACAGGAAGAUGGACUCACCACCCCCUGCAGGAGCCGCCUUGAACGGCCCCGUGUGAUGCUGCUGCCGCCCAGCCACGGCGCGCCCUUAUCGAGAAAACUACCUGGUGAUGCAAUUUGUCUUUUUUAAUUUAAUUUAAUUUAAUUUUAAAAUAAAUGCUGCAUUGGUAGGGCUGCCAGUUGGAACCAGUCGGACAGCCCAGCUUGCGUCUCUCCUGCCUGACCCCAGCUCCGCGCACAGCAAUAAGGCCUCAGACGUGCGCUCUGCCGGCGGGAGCCGGGGGCCACGACCCCAAGACACCGUGCGCACGGAGGGCCGCGAUGGGCAUGGAUGCCACAGGCUCCGAGCCUCAGUUUUUACGGAUUUUUUUUUUUUUUUUUAAACAAACGCAGGAAAGAGCCACGUGUUUGCACUUUUGUGUCCAGCCACAGCGAAGGGUCUCCCUGGCUCUGGGGACAAAUGUGGGUCUGGAGCUGGACUGGCCAGACAGGGUCUUAGCUGCCCAGUGUCCCUGGGAGCUGGCCUGGAGCCAGGCUGCAAAAUUUGACUGCCUUAAAAUAAGACCCUCACGGCCUGGUGGGGCAGUUGGGGCACCUGGCAGGGGCUGGCCACGGGUGUGCAGGAUGGGGUGCAGGGGUGUGGAGACUGGCUUCAGCGGUGCCAGGUGGGGUGGGGUCUGCACCUGUCGGGGAGGGCAGGGCCAGGCCACGUUGUCCUGGAGGGGUCUGUAGGAUUACUUUCUGUUGAGUCCAUUUUUAAUGUUCUGAUAAUCUUGACAGGGCAUCCAAGACCCCAACUCCCAAUAAAAGUUGUGUUAUUCUUACUGA